AGCAGCAGCAGCGGCAGCAGCAGCCAGAAGAAGCAGGAGUCAAGGAAAGGAAAAGAAGAAUUGUCAGUUGUGUGUGCGAGAACUGAGGAUAUUUUGCUGUUUUUGCUGGAUUUGGAAGAGCGAAUCUAAGAGGCGAAAGAUAAUUUGGGUGGAGAAAGAGUGGAGAGUGCGACGGACCUUGCCAAGGGAAGAUUUAAGAAAAACGACCGAGUGCAGCGCAACAAGGCGACAACCUCGGAAAACGCGUUUGUUUUCUUCGAUACUCUUGAGAUUAAGUCAAAGAAGCGCUAUUGAUACACUCGCUACGCAGGACGUAUAGAGCGCAGCAGCAAAACAGCGACGCGGUACAAGGAAAACAGCAACAAAGAGCAACAAGAAUGAGCUACGCACCAGUUGGCCAAAGAUCGUCGGUCGCGAUAGCAGACGACAUAGACGACGAUAAGGAGCUCGCGCGGUCUGCUGCCUCGUCGCGGUCGACGACGACCGCGCACCGGCGGACGAACUCGAUCUCGGUCGGCGGGCAGCAAUCGCACGCGGACGAGAGCCUGCCUUCGCUGGCGGGAGGAGAGAAUCAGCAGCAGCGGAGGAAGACGAUGGAGUCGAUUCGGUCGAUCGAUGACGAGAUUGCGUUUGAUAUCGACGACGCGGAUCCGUAUUCUGUCAACCCUGCGAGUGUGAGAUCGAACGAGCAGUGGACAGGUGGGUUGAAGCCGCGGCUGCCGAUGUCGACGAAUAGGAUAUUGAUUGGCAAGAUUUUUGCGAAUGUGGUGUUUAUCUUGCUGUGGUAUUGUUUCUCGCUUUCUAUUUCACUGUACAACAAAUGGAUGUUCUCAGAGGACUACCUCAACUUCAAAUUCCCGCUCUUCGCAACCUCAAUGCAUAUGAUCACGCAGACAUUAUUAGCUGGUCUAGUCCUCUACUUCAUCCCGCGGUUCCGACCCCGGCCGGAGGCGAAGAUGACCUGGAAGACCUACAUAUUUCGAGUUGGAUCGUGUGGUGUCGCGACUGGUGGUGACAUUGGGCUUGGAAAUAUGUCGCUUCGAUACAUCACUCUUGGAUUUUACACCAUGGUAAAAUCCUCAAACCUCGUCUUCGUACUAUUAUUCGCAUUCCUAAUGCGUCUAGAGCGCCCAACAUUCAGACUAAUCGGCAUCAUCACGCUAAUGACGAUCGGCGUGGUAAUGAUGGUCGCCUCCGAAACCGAGUUUGUCCUCCUCGGCUUCCUCCUCGCCCUAGCUGCCGCGAUGCUCUCCGGCCUGCGCUGGUCACUAACCCAGAUCCUCCUAAAAUCCAACGCGGCAACAUCGAACCCGUUCUCGACAAUCUUCUACCUCGCGCCGGUGAUGUGCGUCACUUUAUUCCUCCUCGCGAUCCCGAUCGAGGGACUGGGAAAUUUCAUCACCGCACCCGUCUGGCGCGAGGAAUCGUUUAUAAUGUGGGUCCUCAUCCUCGUUGCGCCGGGGGUGAUUGCAUUCCUCAUGACCUCCGCCGAGUUUUUCCUGCUCAACCGCACGAACGUCAUCACACUCUCGAUCGUCGGCAUUUUCAAAGAAGUCCUCACGAUCGGCGUGUCCGCGGGUGUGUACGGCGACAGACUCACCGUCGUCAACGUAUCCGGCCUCGUACUCACGCUGAUCGCCAUCGCGCUGUAUAACUACUUCCGGAUAAAAUCCAUGCGUGAGAAGAUUAUAUUCCAGCAGCAGCAAGGCGGCGCGGCGGGCGCGAGCGGCGGCGCGAGGAUGGAGGGCGGGGCGAGUUAUGUGCCGUUGGAUGAGGGGAGGAGGGAGAGUGUUGAGGAGGAGGAGGGGGAUGAGGUGUUUGAGAUGCAGAGGAUGUCGCCGCCGCCGAAUUACGCGGACGCGAUUGGAAGGGAGGAAGGGCGGCGGUGAAGAUAGAGUGUUGAAUCUUGCUCGCAUUUUAUCAAAAAGAAUGGGUUUUGGAUGUGCUGUGUAAAUAAAAGCAAGGAGGGUUUUUAAAAUGCUCGAGAUCUCUACACG